UUCUCAAUUGAAUCCUCCUGAGCAAGUAAGCACAACACAUCUUCUUCUUCCCUAUUAUACAGACGCAAACAGAGAGAGAGAGAGAGAGAGAGAGAGAGAGGAGAUAUUCUGCAACUGAAUACUCUCAAUCCUUUGUUCAUAUUCAAUCUCCGAUCAUGGUUCUCGAGGCGACGAUGAUUUGCAUUGACAAUUCAGAAUGGAUGCGAAAUGGCGAUUACUCUCCCACUAGGUUUCAAGCUCAAGCCGACGCUGUUAAUCUAAUCUGCGGAGCCAAAACCCAGUCUAAUCCGGAGAAUACUGUGGGAGUUCUGACAAUGGCGGGUAAAGGGGUUCGUGUUUUGGUCACUCCUACCAGUGACCUUGGCAAGAUCUUGGCUUGCAUGCACGGUUUAGAAGUUGGUGGCGAGUGUAACUUGGCAGCAGGGAUUCAAGUGGCACAGUUGGCUCUCAAGCAUCGCCAAAAUAAAAAGCAGCAACAGAGGAUUAUUGUAUUUGUGGGGAGUCCUGUCAAAUAUGACAAGAAAGUAUUGGAAAUGAUUGGAAGGAAGUUAAAAAAGAACAGUGUAGCCCUCGAUAUUGUUAAUUUUGGUGAAGAAGAUGAGGGGAAAGCAGAAAAGCUCGAAGCCCUUCUUGCUGCUGUAAACAAUAAUGACAGCAGUCACAUUGUUCAUGUUCCUGCUGGUCCAAAUGCUCUCUCUGAUGUUCUGAUAAGUACUCCUAUCUUUACCGGUGAUGGUGAAGGUGGAAGUGGUUUUGCAGCAGCAGCUGCGGCAGCUGCAGCUGGUGGUGUUUCUGGCUUUGAUUUUGGUGUGGAUCCAAAUCUGGAUCCUGAACUGGCUCUUGCUCUCCGAGUUUCAAUGGAAGAGGAGAGGGCAAGGCAAGAAGCAGCAGCUAAAAAGGCUGCAGAGGAAGCUUCAAAACAGGAAAAAGGAGGGGAACAACAAUCCACAUCACAAGAUGCAACUAUGACUGAAAAUGUCAGUGUUGCAGCUCCUGAAGCUGAAAAUAAGACAAAUGAUCUACAGGAUGAUGAGAAUGCUUUGCUACAGCAGGCCCUUGCUAUGUCAAUGGAUGACCCUGCUGCUAGCGUUGCUAUGCGAGACACAGAUAUGUCAGAGGCAGCUGCAGAUGAUCAAGACUUGGCACUCGCUCUACAGUUGUCUGUGCAAGACAGUACAAAAGAUCAAGCAAGCGAGACAGAUAUGAGUAAGCUAUUGGCAGACCAGUCAUUUGUGUCAUCAAUCCUUGCUUCGCUUCCAGGAGUUGAUCCGAAUGAUCCUUCGGUCAAAGAUUUGCUCGCAUCCAUGCAAAGUCAGUCCGAGUCUGACCAGAAGAAGGAUGAAGACAAGGCACCCAAUGAAGAGGACAAGAAAUGAUUUCCAUUGUUCAUUUUGGUAGUUCUCUGUCCCCUAUGAUCAGAAAGAACGGUGCGUAGGUGCAGAUACUUGAAGACUGUCGAACAAGCUAUCCUCGUUUGCAUGGAAGAACAUUAGUUGAUGUUAUUUCUGGGUUGUUUCAGUACAAGUCUUUGCUUUUAAUGUGACAUAUCUUUCUAAUGGUUCUUCUUAUGGGAUGAUCUUGGCAUUGUGCAGUGGUUACCUAUGUUAUUCUUGGAUUAAGAGCAUAUUCAGCGGGUUGCUAUAAUAGUUACUAUUGUCAAAUUGUAACAGCUUUGCUAAAAAAAAACUUUUCCAGCGAUCCACUAAAAGGGUGUGCCAAAUCAGACAUGGUUUUCAUCCAUUAAUCUGAACGUGAAACAUUCAU